UAUAAGAUAGCGCAGAACAGUGCUCGAGAUUCUUUUCCAAGUUUUGUGGUGGAGAGCGUCCAGAGGCUCGUAUACCUUGCGAAUAUGAUGGAGCCGCCUGCUGAGAAGAAAAGUGACUUGUGGUCUCGCCUCACGCCUGACGUGAUAAGGAAAAUUGCAAGUUACUUGCACCCCAACGAGGCCGCUCAACUUAAGUUCGUCAGCAGCGACACUGCAGCGAGCCUGCGCCAUUACAAGAAAUUCCACAUCGGGUCCGACAAGCCCUGGCCGGGCCGCGAAUUUGCCAUCCACUGGACACGCCCUGAGCCAUGGCGUGCCCUAAACCUGCGCCAGCGAAAGCGGCUAUUGUGUGCAGCGGCAUUCUCAGGCCACGCGCCCAGCCUGGAAACGGCCCUGGCGCACUGCGGUUUCACCAUCGAUGACAGGGAGCUCGAUGAAGCCGUGUCCGCGGCUGCCCUCGCCGGCCACCUUGCGGCCUGCGAGCGACUGCUGCACUCGCACGAGGGAGAGGAGGGCGCCGGGAGCACUGCUGACGUUGCUGGUGGAUCCGCCGCCGCCGCCGGCGAGGGCGGUGCUUCUGCUGCAGGAGCAGCAGGGAGGGGCGCGAACCCUAGGUACCGUUGGCCUCCGGAGUUGGCGGUAGACAACGCCGCGUCUUCCGGCCACCUUCCGGUGCUUCAGCUGCUGCUGGAAGCCGGAUCCACGGACAGCACCAGCGAGCUGGAAAGGCAUGCGCGGCAGCAGCGGCUGUCGCUUGCCGCCCAGGCCGCCUGUAGGGGCGGCAAGAUGGAAGUUCUGCAAUGGCUGCAGCGGCAGUACGGGCACAAAGUGGGCUUUGCGGAGGUGGAGGCGGCGGCGAAGGCGGGGCAGGUGGAGCUGAUGGAGGGGCUGAUGCGGCCGAGGCAGAGGACCACGAUGACACGGCUGCCCCCGGCGGGGGAUGAGGUUGCAGCAGGGGGUGGCGGCGGCGGCGGCUGCACGGCGGCGGGUCCUCGGCAGCGGAGGGCUGCGGCCCUGCAUGCUGCGCUGCAGGAGGGCCUGGCGGCGGCGGGCCUGGCGGCGGCGGGCGUACUGGCGGCGGCGGGCGUCGGGCCGGCGGCCCUGCACAGCCGGAUGCAGCUGCUGCAGCAGUUCACCAGGCAGCAGCUGGAACUGCUGUGUGCCCUGGCCAGCGGCUGCCCUCUGGCAGUGCUGCGGCGCCAUUGGGACGACCUGUGGGUCCCCUACGCCGCCGCCACCGCCGGCGACGCCGCGUGGGUGGCGGCCGGCCGGGACCUGCCCAUGCUGUUGUGGCCGGCCGCCACCGCCCUGCUGGCCGCCGCCGCCACCAGCCCCACCGCCGACUGGGAGGACAAGUGGCACUGGCUGCUGGCGCUGUCCGGCCCCCACGAGCCAGGCGGCGACGGGCUGCUCGACCGCAUGCUACUGCCGGGGCCUCAGAGCCGCAGCGGCGCGCUGGAGGCAGCCUGCGCCCGGCUUCCCGACUACUGCCGGCGGCUGCGUGUGCUGCACGCGGCCGGCAUGCGGCCCAGCCCCGAGGCGGUGGAGGGGGCGGUGUGGGGCGGGCACGCCGACGCGCUGGCCUACCUGUGGGACGAGGCCCACGUGGCUUGCCGCCUGGGGCAGGCCGCGUUCCAGGCCCUGGUCAUGAGCCGGAGCCGGGGCAGCGUGCCCGUGCUGCGGCUGCUUCAGUCGCGGGGCAUGGCCUUCACGGCGGCGCAUGUGCGUCUGGCGGCGCAGCGCGACGACUGGCCGCUGGACUCGCUGCUGUGGCUGCUGGCGCAGGUGCCGCAGCGGCGUCAACAACGGCAGGAGCAGGAGCAAGGCGGCGGCGGCGGCGGCGGCGGCGGGGGCGGGGGCGGGGGCGGCGGCAGCAGCAGCAGCAUCAGCCAGCCGGUGUGGUCGGCGGCGUUCGCGCACGCCGCGCACCAGGGCCACGGUGUUGUGCUGCUGCUGCCGCUGGUGGCUCGCGGCGCGGCGAUCAGCCUGGCGGCGGUGGCGGAGGGCGGGAGUGAACGCACGCUGGCGUGGGCGGUGCAGCGGCUGACAGAGGACCAAGACGGCAGGCCGCCGGCCAUCCUGCAUGGGGAGGACGCCCGGCGUGUGUUGCAGUCGGGCAACCUGGCGGCCAUAGCUUGGCUGGAGGCGCGGCAGCUGCUGAACACGGCGCCCGUCGGGAGGACACCCGAUGUUGAUGACCUGCCGGUGUGAGGCUCAUCAGAUAGAGGUUCAGAGGUUGUGAAGCACGGGGAGGGGGCGGGGCGGGGGCGUUGUUGAAAGCAGGAGAACCGUAGGCUCGGCUACAGGCAGGAGUAGUUGCGACUCGACGUUGAAACUGAGUUUGUGACGUCUAAGGCUGCAUGGCUGUGACCUUGGCUGUGACUUAUUAUUACCUGUGAGAGGAUCCAUGCGGUACGUGUAUGGCUGCACAUGCACGUGUGAUUCCUGCGGCACGUCAAUUGCGAGCCCGUGGAGGACUGAAGGUCUGAGGCUUUGUAGC